AUGGCCGCCGCAGCCUCCACGAAAUCCGCGAAGCCUCUGGCGACGAAGACCAAGACUGCAAAGUCCAAUAGCAAGGCUGCUGCUAAGGCGCUUGCUGCUCACCCCUCAUGGAAGGAAAUGAUCGCGGAGUGCAUCACUGAACACAAAAGCGAGACGCGGUCUGGCGUCUCCCGCGCCACAAUCAAGAAGUUCAUCAGCGAGAAGUACAAGAUCGACAUCGAUGGGGUUAACGCGUCGCAGCUGAAUCGUGCCAUCGCACAUGGCGCAAGCUCGGGUGUCUUCGCCUUGCCCAAAGGUCCCUCAGGCAAGGUUAAGUUGGCGCCCAAGAAUAAGCCUGCUCCUGCCAACGAGGUAUGA